AGUAGCCAUAGCAUAUCGUACCAUUAAUAACAUCCGGUUUAAAGGAUUUCAUUAACUCAUCCUUAAUAAUUUCGUUUUGAUUCACGGCAACCAGCACAGUUGUGGAGUUGACGAAUUGGAACGUUCUUGAGAAACGGAAGGUUACACGAUAACGAGUUAACCAUGGGGUCUAUAAUGGGAAAAGCCAUGGACGAGAACUUGAAGAAAAACCAGAAGUUUAUGCUCGAAGUGAACCAGCUAACUAUGGAGAGGCAGAUUCAGAUGCAGAAUCAGAUGAGAGAAAAACAAAUGGCCAUGAUGGUAGCUAGAGGACGAGAUAUCUUCCAGUGGUUUGGUGCUUUCUAUGGAACUUAUGCAACAUUUGCCAUUUUAGCGAAUAUGAAAACAAAGGGGAAAGCUAAAGGUAUGAUUGCUCCUCUUCUGCCGCUGACCUUCAUAUUAGGGUACCAGUAUGACCUUGCUUACGGAUCAAAGGUGGAGAGAAUGCGACAGGAGGCUGAUAGAGUCCUGGACACGGAGUCAUCCCUGCUGAAUCUCCCCCACGGUCUCCCAACAUUUGACAGCAUAGAGAAAGGAAGACUGAAGACAAAAGAUGCAAGUGCAGUCAGCAAGGGCCAUGACAUAUUCCUGUGGCGUGUCUGCUCUCGUUGUGAUAUGCUGACCAGAUGGGCCAGCCGUCCAUUGUUUAUUCCUUUCAUCAGCACCACGAUACGCGUCAGUGUACAGAAACUUUUUGGUGAAGGAAGUAUGCCGUUUUAUGCUGUGAGACGAGGACGUAACGUAGGGAUUUUUAAUGAUUGGGAUUCCUGCAAGGAACAGGUAAAUGGAUACGGUGGAGCAAGGUACAAGAAAUUUAACUCUGUUGAAGAAGCUCAAGCCUUUGUGAAUGGAAGUGACGAUGGAAGCUGUUCUACUUCCUCAGCUCAAACUAAGGAUUCCUUGUCUAGUUACUGUGGGAAGUCUGGCAACCCACAACAGAAAAAGUACACAUCAGGAGUCCGGAGCACUCCAUAUUCCAUCAAUGAUCGGCAGUAUUCGAGCUGGUCUUCAUCUUCAAAAAAGAGUGAAAUUGAUUUAGAAGAUGCGGAAGAUGAUCAUGUGUACACAGACGGAUGCUGUCUAAAUAAUGGACAGGAAAACUCCGUGGCUGGUGUAGGCGUGUACUGGGGUCCUAGUCAUCCAAGUAAUGUCAGUGAGAGAUUGCCUGGAAGACCAACAAAUAACAGAGCAGAAAUACAUGCUGCAAGAAUUGCAGUGAAACAAGCAAAAGAAAAGGGGAUGAAGAGUGUGACAGUUUUAACAGAUAGCCAGCUUCUUAUAAACGGCAUGACCUCUUGGAUUCAUAAUUGGAAGAAAAACGGAUGGACAUUGUCAGACAACACAAAAGUAAAAAACACGGAGGAUUGGAAAGCUUUGGAUACAGAGAUGACGGGUAUCAAUGUCAAAUUUAAGUAUGUGCCCGGCCACAAAGGUGUUGAUGGUAACGAGAAGGCUGACAGAUUGGCCAAUGAAGGAGCAAUGAAAGUGGCGGCGAAGUCUGGAAAAUCCUGGUUUUGGUGAUGCUGGAGUGAUCUAUUAACAGACCGUAACACUGAAUGAUAGUCAGGCUCUCGAUGCUGCACGGGUCUGCCCAGUUAUACCGACCGCAGGAAGUGACUGAAAAUUCAGAAGCUGUCUAAACUAAUAGUAGACAAUAUUUACAUGUACAUAUAUUUCUCAUGGUGUAUUUUGGUUUAUUAUUGCGUGUUGUGUUCAAUCCGUUUGUAUGAUUUACUUUAAGCAUUUUAAUAUGAUGAUUAUUUUGUGCAUCAUCAGGCUUCAAAUUUGUUACUGUACAAUACAAUGGAUUUUUCCAUAUA